UUCCUGCUCCAGGUGGAUUGCGUUUAGUCGGAACUCUCCACUAGGUCCUGUCCGUCUUGGGUGUCCCUGCACGGCAGAGCCCAUAGCCCUUCUCUGAGUGACUCAAGCCCCUUUGCCAGGACAAGGCAGCAAUCCGUGAAGGGGUGAUCUUUGGCCACCCCGUAACCGUAACCCUUCAGACUCAGGGGAACAGCUGCAUCCGGGAAGGAGGGAGGGAAGGAAAGCAAGCAAGCCCCUCCCCAUCCAGCCUCCCUGGCUGCCCCAAGGGCUCCAUUUUAGGCACCCAACCCAACCCUGCCUUCCCUGGGGGGGGCGGGCAGUCGCUCUCCUUCCCCUUCCCCAGUGUGAUGGAAGCCUGGUUUAUGGGAUGGGUCGGUGGUGCCCAAGGCAGGGUUGCCCCUGCCCACCCCCCCACUGGCGCCGGUCAAGCCUCUGCCCCCCCUUCCCCUGCCCAGAUGUGGUGUGCCGAGGAGAUGGCUGCUCUGGACGGGGAGGACCUCCUGGACUUUCUCCUGAGCGAGGAGGACGCGCCUGGACCAGCUGCUGCCGCCACCACUACUGCGGGGGACCGCCUCUCUGGGAAGGGCGAUGUCCGGAUGGAGGAUUGGGACCUGCCCGAGGUCUGGCGGGAGGACGCAGUGGACGACUUCCUGCGGUGCCUUUUGAGCCCCUUCCUGGAGGAGGGCGGCGGCGGCGGCUCCUCGCUUGGCUCUCCCCAGGCUGGCCACGGCUGCCUGGGCGAAGAGCAGAAACUGCCCUGCAGCCCCUCCAGCUCCGAAAGUGUGCAGUCCGAUCACAACUACUCCUUGCACCCGGAUCCCCCAGAGCAGGAAGCGCUGGGACUGGACAGUGCUGGCUCCUCCUCCUCGGAGGCAGGUGUCGAGGUCGCCAUUGACCUGGAGACGUGGGGGGAAGUGGACCCCUCUGAGGCUUCGCAGACAAGCGUCGGCUCUCGCUCCCCCGUCCUCCCUGUGGUGGUGCCCAUGGAAGAGCCUUUGUCCGGCAUGGGGGUACAGUUUGAUUUCCCCCUGCUGUCCUUGACGGAGGAGGAGAAGAAGCUCCUGGAGAAAGAAGGGGUCUCCAUCCCCUGCAACCUGCCCCUCACCAAGGCGGAGGAGCGGAUCCUGAAGCGCGUCCGCAGGAAGAUCCGCAACAAGCAGUCAGCGCAGGACAGCCGGCGGCGGAAGAAGGUCUACGUGGACAGCCUAGAGACCAGGGUGGUUGUUUGCACAGCCCAGAACCACGAGCUCCAGAAGAAAGUGCAGCUACUGGAGAAGCAGAACCUGUCUUUGCUGGAGCAGCUGCGGAAGCUGCAGGCCCUGGUUCAGCAGACGUCCACCAAGACCGCUACGGCCACCACCUGCAUCAUGGUCCUGCUCUUGUCCUUCUGCCUCAUCCUCUCACCCAGCCUGUCCCCUUUUGGAGGCCGGGAGCAGCAGGUGGAGCUUCAAGGAGUGCUCUCCCGGAGACUGCGUGAAUUCCCCAGCAGAGGCGCCCAGCUGUCCGCUGUGGCCCCCCAGCCCACAGAGGGGCCCCUUUUGCAUCUUCCAGAAAAGGGGGUCCCCGGAGAAGCUGUGGAGUCUGCAGGGGGCCUCAACCAGUCCCUGGGGGGCCCCCAGCACCCUCUGGAAGAGCAGCCCACCUCCGGCGGCCCCCAAAGCAGCAACUCCUCCUCUGACGAUCCCUCCCCGCCUCCGGCCGAUGGAUUUCCGCCGGUUCCGGAGCUCGAGCGCCUGCGGAGGGAGACGGCCCUCCCGGCGGCCUCUGCUGGCCAGAAGCCUGGGUGGCCGGCCGACGGCACCAGCGUCAUCAUCCAGCCGCGCCAUUCUGAUGAGAUGUGAGCCCUCCACGCUUCAAGGACUUUGCCACCUGCACUGGGGUUGCUGGACCUGGCCAGGGGCGGGUUGGCAUCACCGCGAGGGGGAACCAGAGCAUUUGCACGCCUUGCUCUGUUUGGGGAUGAUGGCGUUUCCCUCCUCUGGAUCAGGGUCCAGGCCAUGUGGGCAGGAGGGCAGCCCUUGGAAGCUGCCCUCCCCUCCUGGAUCUCGGCCUUGAGGCCAACCUGGACUGAGUCAGGGCAGAAGACGGAUCCUGGUGGGGGGGGGGUGGGGAUGGGGGGAGCGAUAGGAUAGCCAGGCAGCAACAGGCAGCAGUCUGCCCCACUCUCCUGGGCCUCACUUUUGAUCAUUGGGCCCAGCCCUCUGUUCCCUAACUCAGGCUGUGCCCCCUUCUCCCCAGGGAGCACUCGCAGGCGUCAUGGGGCUGGAAGCAGUGGCAGCCGCUGUGGGGAGGGAGGGAGGGAGGGAGUGUCCUAAGGCUCUCUCUCUCUCUCUCUCUCACCUUCGAGGCCAGCACUUCUCUGGAAUCCCUUCUUCAGGGAGCCCCAACCCCAGAGUCAGCACAGCGCUGCAGGAUCCGGUCCCUCAGGCUGUGUAGCCCUGCUUCGUCCUAGACCUUCGGAGCAGGAAGACCAGCUUCUGUCCAAGGGGCUCCACUGGGCACUCCCUUCUGAUGACAGCCAUCACUCAUCUCUGAUUCCUGGGGGUGUCUUGUUUCCAGGAGCUCCCCCCCCGUCCCCUGUCCAGGUUUCCUGCUUUCAGAGCCCAGGGCCCAAGGGUUUAUGGUGCAUCAGUUCCCUUCUCCUGGGUGAAGGGGUGAUGCUACCAUUGUCCCUGUGAGUCAGAGCAGGUGGAGGUGCAGCCAAGAAUCGUGCUGUCUGUUCCUGGGGGAGAGCUGCAGGGCCUCUGGCCCUCUGGUAGUGGGUUCCAGUUUUGGUGGAUGGCACGUUCUGACAUGGGAGGAGGGAGAAGCCCGUGUCUGCAUGAAUGCAAACCUGAGUUCCCUUCUGAUGUCCCUGAGAAUCAGGCAAACCACAGCCGCCUCGCAAGAGGUCUGGCUACUUGGUGUUGGGGCUUGAUGGCCACCAGAUCAGGCUGGCCAGCCAGGAAGGCUGUGGGUGGGAAGGAGCGCAGGAUGCUCAGAAGACCCUCUGCCUGUUACUGUUCCGCUCGUGGCCCUGCGGAACUGCUCGCCUCCUUCCUUCCUGUGUGCUCAGUGUCAUGGCAGUCUUUGCCCCAAGGUGGCAUCAAGUGGACCCUG